ACAAUUUACUACGGGAGGCAUGACAGUCCCACUACCUUUAUUUUCCCCAAAAGCAUUUGGUGUUCUGGUGUCACUCCUAUGCGGGCGGGCGAAGAAUUUUCCAAUUAGAGUUUUUGAUCAGGAAUACACAAGGAUUUGAGUUUUGACUGGGAAUCCACAAGGAUCGGAUAUGAAAAGCAUCAGGUGUCGGCGAGGAGCGGGGGAUGCCAGACCCAUCUUUCACACUCUUUAUAUACAGGCAUUCCUGUAUCUUUAAGUCCGCGGGCAAAAUGUGGUGAAGUGUUGUGCCUGAAGUGAUCACACAAAUCUUAACUGAAGCCAAUGAAAAGUAAAGGAAGUUCUCGGAGACGUGGGCCGAGCUCCGAAUCGGAUUGAAGAAGUGUGAUCUGCAGAGGGAUAGGCGUUUCAGCGGGUGGGUCAAAUUGCCGUACAUCCUGAGGCCGAAGCUGGAAGUGGGCAUGCUGAGAGAUGCCCAGCGCGUGGACGAAGCCGAGAGGAUUGGCAUAUCAUUGGACACAACGAACGUUGAAGUGUCGAAGAAAUUGAACAAGAACAAGAAGCUCGUGAAAAGGGGUCGAAGAAAUAUGACGCGUUCCUUGCCUCCGAAGCCGUCAUCGCACAGAUUAUCUCUGUUGUUGGGAGUCUUGGGACCCAAUGUGAACAAGGCGGGCACGUUUCCCUCUCCGGUUACCCAUUAUGGACUCCUUGAGAACAGGGUGAAUGAAGUGACGGCAUCUGCGAAAUUCGAGCUGAAAGGGGUGCUGUGUAUGGGAGUAGCCGCAGGGAAUCUUGCCGUGGACGAGAAAGAGAUCUUCCAGAAUGGACAGCUAGACGUCAACGUCCUUGUCUCGCUGUUGAAGAAGAAUUAGCAGAACGUCAGGACUCUUUUAUGUGAAGUCACCAGCAUGAGUUGUCAUGCAGGGCCAGUCCGCAUCUUCUAAUUCUUCUGAGAAGCAGGUGGUUUUGUUGUGCAAGGGUAGGCCUCAUCUACUAACGCUUCUGAGGAGGAGGUGGUUUUGAUCGCACAGGCGAAAACCUGUUCCGAUUGGCCUGGCCUGCCUUGGCGGACCUUUGCUGUUUCUUCGCUCUUUUGAAGUUUGGCUGUUGACGGUGUUAGGCUAGCAAGAUUUAAAGUGUGCGGCACGUAAGGGGAGUAAUGGGGGAUGAGACAUAAUGAACAGGGAUGGCGAUGGCUGAGGGCAGAGUAGGUGUGACGGUCUGUGAGGUUGAUGGGCGUAUAGCUGUCUCUAUAUUUGCUCUGCACGGGAUAGUGACGGUCAGGGGUGACGUCAGUGUCGCCGCUGGGUGCUUGCCUCUAUGUGCUGGACUUAAUUUACGCAUCUGUAAAGGAUAUAUAUAUUGAUUAGAGGCUCGGCACGAUGAGAGAUUGUACGUGGAAAAAAAAAGGAAAGGAAAAGAAAAGAGGGGCACCAGAUUGCAGAGAGGUGUGUGCUCUCUAUUUGGAACAAGCAGCAGUUCAGUACAAUGCGUGAUUUCCUGAAAAAUGUGAUGUAUAUUUCUUCUGUGACUGAGCAGCAGGGGAACACAGUGCUACAAUCGCUGCGUUUGCAAGAACAGGGGAAGAGUCAUGGAGAGAGGAGCAGUUGGUAGAGAGUGGGAGGACUGGAAAAUAGAAGGGCACCUGGUGGGGUCAGGAAGAGAGACGGGACGCUUGGUUGGGUUGUAUUACGACAUGCAACCAUGAAACAACAACGACGA